AUGGAACGACUGCCAACCAGAUGUGCUUUGGCGGCUCGGAGUAUCCCGGUGAAUGAUCGAACGUGUAUCAUGUGUGGAAGUUAUGAUGAGUCAAGUGAACAUCUGCUUGUUUCAUGCCAGUUCGCACAAAUGGUAUGGCAAAAUAUUGCAUUAUGGUGCUCGAUUCCCCCGAUUAUAGCAUUUGAUUUAAAAGACAUAUUGACGUUGCAUGAGGUGUGUAUGGCUUCCGCCAAAAAAAGGAAGGCAAUACAUGCGGUUAUCUUGGUUGCUAUUUGGAGUAUCUGGAAAUCGAGGAAUGAGGCCGUGUUCCAGCAAAAAACUCCAAACACGACUAAGACUCUGGAUGAAAUUAAAGCGGUGGCGUACCUUUGGGUGAAGAAUCGGUCAAGAUCGAUGUCAUUAACGUGGGAGGAUUGGAGCAAAUUUAAGAUCUAG